AUGAUGUCAAACAAUUCAGACGAUCCCUUUUAUGCGGCCCGCGAGGAGGUAGAAAUGAACUUUGCCGAACUGCAGAGAUUACACCGGGAGUGGAAACAGCAAAUUCAAGUGCGAGGCCACCCAUCGAAGUGUCUGAGUUUGAAAGGCACAAUUGAUUCCUCGGCUGACGCGCUGGCUGCGGAUCUCCGGGCGCUCGACAAGGCAGUUGCGGUUGCCUCCAGACACCAGCAGCGUCUCGGGCUUCACGAUACCGAAAUCGAGAAAAGAAAAGCCUUUGUGCAGCAACAACAGAAGCAGCUCAACGAUCUCAAAGCAGAUAUCAAGGCUGCGGGGGCCCCUCAUCAAUGGAUGUCUGAAGCCUCCAGUUCUAGCAACGAGUUUUGGGGGGGCGCCGAGCAGAAGCAACAAACACUAGUGCAGCAGCAAGAUGAACAACUGGAUGAGUUGGCACAUGCGGCAUCGCGCCUUCAUGAGACAGCUCUCACAAUCAACCAGGAACUGGAAACGCAGCAGAGAAUGCUAACAGACUUGGAUGACACACUUGAACGAGGAAUUCAUCACCAACAGCUUGAUCCGUGGCAUGCAGGUGCCGUUGAGGCUGCUGCCAUUGAUGCUGCAGAUCCUGAGUGGCAGCUCGCGGGAAACAGAGGAAGCAAGCAGGAGUUCAAGCGUGUGGCGGUUUAA